CGAGGUCAAAAUGGCGGAUUACUGCAUGUGAAAGGGUCGUAACCGGAGCCGGCUUCAUGACUCGAGAACAUGUAUAAAACUCCAUGUAGCAGACUGUCAGGUUUUGUCAGUGUAUGUGUGAAACAGAAGUUGGCUCAAAUUGCUCCUCGAUGUAACCAGACUGCUAACUGCCUCAUUCAGCUGCACAGAAGAGAUCCCUCAAACUGGCUGACAUAUCAGCAUGUCAUCUUCCUUAAGCGACAGUAUAUUGCCAAGAACAACAGUGAACUUCAUCAGCGUGCCAUCCCUAAACAGACACAUGACGUGACCAUUGUGGAUGAGAGAGAUGACAGCAUUGAGAGGCCAGUGGAGAGAAUACCAACAAUAAAUGAUGUGGUCACGAGCACUGUUCCACGUCCAGAGGACAUUGCUGAUAAGGCACAGCCUGAAAUCUCCAACUUGAAGCCUACAAUGGAAGAUGUAGCAGUGCAGAAAGGUUCUGCAUCCCAUAUAGUCACAAGUCCACAUGAAACUCCACAUGUCCAAGUAGAAACGGAGGAAGCAAGGCAGGCCCGUCUGGACAGACAGUGGAAAGAGCUGAAAGUUAAUGUGGCUGAUUUACCGGAUAUCUAUGCCAGACUUGCAAAGAUCAAACUUACAGCUCUGGUGGUUACAACAGCAGCAGCUGGCUUUGCAAUGGCUCCGGUGCCGUUUGACCCCAUCCUCUUUUUCGUUUCUUGUCUGGGAACAGGCCUCGCAUCUUGUACUGCCAAUUCCAUCAACCAGUACUUUGAGGUGCCCUUCGACUCCAACAUGAACCGUACGAAGAACCGUCCGCUCGUCAGAGGACAGAUCAGCCCCCUUCAUGCAGUGUCAUUUGCUCUGGCCUGUGGCAUUCCUGGAGUCGCCCUCCUCACAUUGGCAGUAAACCCUCUGACAGGCUUCUUGGGUUUCCUCAACAUUUUCCUGUACACCUGCUGUUACACACCACUCAAGAGACUCAGCAUCACCAACACCUGGGUGGGAGCAGUGGUGGGAGCAAUACCUCCUGUGAUGGGCUGGACCGCUGCCACAGGCUGUCUGGAUCCAGGUGCUUUGUUGCUGGGCGGUUUCCUGUACAGCUGGCAGUUCCCCCACUUCAACGCUCUCAGCUGGAACUUAAGGGAGGACUACUCCCGCGGUGGCUAUCGCAUGAUGUCUGUCACCCACCCUGCCAUGUGCAAGCGGGUGGCGCUGCGCCACAGCUUGGGUCUGAUCGGGCUCUCGACCUUAGCACCCGUUCUAGAUGUCACCACAUGGACCUUCCCCAUCAUCUCCUUACCCAUUAACCUGUACAUCAGCUACCUGGCCAUCCGCUUCUAUCGCAAGGGAGACCGCAACAACGCUCGGAAGCUCUUCUUCUGCAGCCUCUGGCACCUGCCCAUGCUGCUGCUGCUGGCGCUCACCUGCAAGAAGUCCUACAGAAAUCAGGAAGAUUCAGCACCUUUACCCCUCACACUGCCAGCUAAUUAGCAUCAUCACUGCCCCGACACCUUAAAAAACAAAACUGGGACCCUUAUUUCAACCACAAUACUCCUUCAGUGUCUUUGCGUGUCAUUGACAUGAUGUUUGGCCCAAUUUUAAUUCCAGGAAAUGAGCUGGAAAAGUUUCAGAAAACACACAGACUUCUUAAAUCAGGUUGUAAUCAUUUAAUUGUGUGUGUACUGUAAAUAUUCUGUAUUUAUUUAUAAAUGGUCUCACCAGUUCCUCUCCAUGAUGUACAUGACUGAUGUUAGAUAACGUUGUACUGUGUAAAUCGCUCUUACAGAUCCACAGAGGCCUUGGUGUCUGUUUGCUUAACAAAUGCAGAUCGUUUAAUCACUUUGUUUGAUUUUAAAUGAGUAGAAAAUUGAGACAACUUUUACUUGAUCCUCAUUACUUGACGGUUUAUAAGCCUCAUUGCGUUUUGCUUCUUAGCAAAAGCACAGGACAUGAUGCUUUAAUUCGGCAUGCACCAAACAGUCUUCCCCUUGUGAGAUACAAGGGCAAACAUUCUCCAUCAAUAAACAUUUCAUGAUUAUAA